UUUUUUCGUAUGAUUUUAUUGCUUGGAGUUGCUGAAAUUAUUAGGCUACCAAGCACAUCUUCACUUCCUUCGGGUGAUGGUGAAAUGCCAAACGGUAUUCGGCCAAUGAAAAUUCAGAGACCUCGUACUCCUCUCAUUGAUGCAGUUGCUGCUCAUGACAAAAACAAGUUGAGGAAGGUGACAGAAAGAGCAAUGCCUCUGUUCCCUAAGGAAGAGGAAAAAGACACUUUUCUUGAACAGAUUAGGGCCAAGGUAUAAAGUUAUUUUGUUUGGAUUUGUUUUUGCCUUUUAUCUUUUUA